UAUAUAGAUAUAGUAACCCAUUAUCUAUCUAUAAACACAUACGGUAAUAAUUGUUUAAUUCAGUAUAACAACGUGCGCGGGAGUGUGGACGACGCGCGUAUUAUAAAGUAUUUCUUUCGUAAAAAUCAAAUAUGCUUCUCGUAAUCACGUGGACACUGGUCUUCAUCACGGCGUUGACUCUGUUCCUCCGCCAGAAGUAUUCAAGAUACACUCCUUAUGGACUCCAGCACCUCAAACCCUUACCUUUGGUUGGGAAUAUGUUUGGAAUUCUCACCCGAAAGGAACAUUUCACAACGAAUAUGGAAAAAGUAUACAAUGCCUUCCCAAAUGCCAGGGUCGUGGGCAGAUACGACUUCAUAAAGCCACUGUUGUUCAUCAAAGACCUCGAGCUAAUUAAGAAGAUUACGGUUAAGGACUUCGAUAACUUCGUGGACCACCAAGACUUCUUUAAUAGGAAAGAUGACUUCUUUGGUAGAAAUCUGUUUUCGUUGCAAGGUCAAGAAUGGAAAGACAUGAGGUCGACGCUGAGUCCAGCAUUCACCAGCUCCAAGAUGCGGCUCAUGUUACCCUUCAUGGUGGAGGUCGGGGACCAGAUGGUGUUGUGCCUGAAAAGCCAGAUCAGGGAAUCCGGAGUCGGCUACAUAGACGUCGAAGGCAAGGACUUGACAACUCGCUACGCUAAUGACGUCAUCGCCUCCUGCGCCUUUGGGCUCAAGGUGAACUCUCAUGCGGAACAGAACAAUGAGUUCUACGACAAGGGCAGAGAAGCGUCCACGUUCAAUUUCAAGCAGAUCUUGAAGUUCUUUGCGCUCAACUUGUUUCCUAGGCUUAUGACGUUGCUGAGGCAAUCCAUAUUUUCGGAGGAUACAAAGAUGUUCUUCAAAGAUAUCGUGUUGAGCACGAUGAAGAAUAGGGAGGUCAACAAUAUUGUCAGACCUGACAUGAUCCAUUUGCUUAUGGAAGCCAAGAAAGGCAAGUUGGUCCACGAAGACAAGACAGUAGAAGAUGCCAAUGCUGGUUUCGCAACUGUUUCUGAAUCUGCUGUCGGAAAAAAGGACAUCAGUAGAGUCUGGUCAGACAACGAUUUGAUUGCCCAAGCAGUAUUAUUCUUCAUCGCCGGCUUCGAAACAGUUUCUUCUGUGAUGUCCUUCUGUCUCCACGAGCUGACGGCCAACUCUGACAUCCAAGAGAAGCUAGCUCAAGAGAUCAAAGAGAAUGAAAUUAAAAAUGGUGGCAAAUUCGAUUACAACUCCAUUCAGAAUAUGCCAUAUAUGGACAUGGUUGUAUCAGAAAUCCUGAGACUAUGGCCACCAGCGCUCGCUCUAGAUAGAGUAUGUGUCAAGGACUACAACCUGGGAAAAGCUCAUGACAAAGCACCGCAAGACUACAUCAUUAGGGAAGGAGAAGGUAUUGGCAUUCCAGUGUGGAAUAUCCACCGCGACCCUAAAUACUUCCCGGACCCGCUGAAGUUUGACCCUGAAAGAUUCUCGGAAGAAAAUAAACACAAGAUCAACCCUCUCGCAUACAUGCCCUUCGGAGUUGGUCCCAGGAAUUGUAUAGGUUCAAGAUUCGCACUCUGUGAGGUGAAGGUGAUGUUGUACCAGCUGCUGCAGCAUUUCGUUCUGUCUCCGUGUGAGAAGACUAAGAUCCCGCCGGUACUGUCAAAAGACACCUUCAAUCUGAAGGUCGAAGGCGGCCAGUGGAUGCGGUUGAGGAUGCGUACCUAGAUGCAAUUGUAUUCGAUCAGAUAGUACACUAUUAUUGGACCAUAAUAGUAAGGUCUAAAUAGACUGACAAUCUAAAUGAAGAGUUAAUGAAAAAUUUCUGACGUGUCGUCUUUGUGCACUGUGUUCUUGCAAAUAAACAUUUCUGAUUUCUGUUUAUUUA